AUGCCAUCAGGUUUUUUAAAUUUAACGAAAAGAAAAUUAGGUGGUAAUCAUAUAUAUUUAGGAAAAUGGCAUGAUUUUAAUCAGUGGAAAUACAUAGCUCCAACAAAUUUAUUAAAUAUUAUAAGACCAGUAGAGAAAACAAAAGCAGUGACAGCUAAUUUAUAUGAAGAUAAUGAAGAUGUAUUAAGUUAUUUAAACAAUGUAAAUCAUGGUCAAAUAAUAACAAUUGAUGAUUUAAAUUCAAACAAUUUAAAAAAAAAUAAAAUAAGAGGUACUGGUUUUCAUGGUCCAGAAAGAACAGAUGUUUUUCGAUUAAUUUUAUAUAAUAGACUAAAACAAAAACAACCACAAAGAAUUGUACCAGAUAUUGAACAAAUGAAAGAUGCAAACAAAUUAGAAACUUCUAUCGUUUGGUUCUUGUGGUCAUUUGUUAUAUUUUAUUGUUCUAUGUGCAUUUAUGGUAGUAAUUAUAUAAUAAAAAAUAAAUCUACUUCUUUCCCAUGGAUGCCUAAAAGAACAGAUGGAUCAAAAGGAGAAGGUCCAAUGUUUUGGUUUUUGGAAUAA